CUUUUUUUUUUAAAUUUUUUGUUUUUCUGAGGAAUGUUGGACAUUUUGGAUACAUUGGAUAGUUAUGAGGAAGUUAUUACGAAGACAAGUCCUAGUUUACACGAUUAUUUUGCGGGAAGAGACAGCAGGUUGGCGGGUGCAUUGGGUGUUAUACAUUUUAAUAUUCGGAGUCUGAGGAAGCAUUUUGAUGAAUUGCUCGUAUACUUGGAGAGAAACUUGAAUAAUUUGGAUGUCAUAGUCCUGUCGGAAACAUGGAAUCUUGAUUCGAGGUGGAAAGAUGGAGCGAGAUUUUAUCGUGUAAAGAGACACAGAGAGGUUAUAGUGUCUUUGUUGAUGUGUUGGGGAAACAUAUCGCUGAGUCAACUGAAACAAUGCUACGCAAGAAAGGUAGAAACAAGCUGAAGCCGUGGAUAACAGAGGGGUUGGUGAAGUCGAUUCAUACCAGGGAUCAGAUGAAGAGGAAAUUUCUGAGGUCUCCUACACCUGAACUCGAACUGGAGUUUAAAAAAUAUAGGAAUAAACUCAAUAGUCUAAUAAAAUUUACGAAAGAUAAUUAUUAUAAAAAUAAACUGGAUGCAUGUGAUAAUUGUGGGCAAUCCUGGAAAAUAAUUAAUGAAAUUUCAAAUUAUAAACCAAAAAAAAGUAAUAAUGUUGAGAAUGUUUCUUUAUUAGAGCAUGGUGAUAAAGUCAUUACAGAUAAUGAAGAAAAAGCGAAUUAUUUCAAUGAUUACUUCAUCAAUGUUGGAAAAAAAAUGGCCAACAGAAUUGAAAAGUGUGAGUUACCUGAAAAUUUUUUAAAAAAAUCUACAGUGGCCUCAUCGUUGUUCCUUCGACCUGUUGAUGAGAACGAAAUAAUUUUGGCAAUAUCGAAACUCAAAAAUAAUUGUGCACCGGGCCCUGACGGAAUCACUACAACCGUCAUAAAAAGCAUUCAUGAAUACAUAGUAACACCACUAACACAUAUCAUUAACCUAUGCUACACAAAUGGCAAUAUGCCAACACAGUGGAAAGAGUCUAAUGUAACGCCUAU